AACAUUCCGCAACUCAGCAGCUCGGGGUCCGAUAUCUGACACCCGUAUUAAACACGGAAUACUCAGUACAUGAAGGCGGGGUAAGAUUGGUUGUGUAGAUCCUUUCUCACACUGGACGGAAUACGAGCUUGCAAAGAAGGACCAACAUACCCGAAGUCUAAGACCUGAUCCAUUAUUUUGGACUCGAUCCUCCCCUAAGACCUGCAUCCUGAUCCAAUAUCUUGGACUCGAUCCUCCCCAUCAAUGAUAAGGACACCCCGGGCGUAAGCUGUGCUGCACAGUAAGCACAAAUUACUGGGCAGCAUGAACUGCCCCUCCUUCCCCCAUGUUUCACAGUGAAAUACGGUUAGCAGCCAACUACAGAAGAGUACAUGGGUAAGCAGACAGGGGGAGGGUGGGACAACCCCUUCAUCGUCAUGCUUUAGUAGUAAGCUGCACAUGGUAGUAAACUGCGAGCGCUGCAAUACACCGAAAUAAACACAAGAAUCUGUCCAAUGAGCCAAGGCAUUCGCACGAAAAAAGUGGCCGGCGGUUCGUAUACAGAUAAAUAACCUCAAGCAAUGGUUAUGAAAACUACGUACCCCAAAAGUAUGCGAUAGGACUAGUGUAAAAUAAAUAUUUCAGCGAUAUAGAUCUAUACUUUGCCUCUUAGUGUAGCUCACAACAUUCUGAGUGCUCUUCAUAUCAGUACUCUUCAUAGCAGUUCUCUUUGUUAAGUUUCUGCGCGCGAUACUUCUGAUCCAAGUUCUUCGCCUCAACUGACUCGCCAUGACAUCCAAAACCGAGCACGCCCUGCCGUCCGUUGGGGUCUUUUCUCCACAAAGCAAAGCUCCCACAGCUGCAUAUCUGAACAGCAUUCACACAUUUCUCACAAGUACAUCGUACUUGCAGCCAUUUGUUGAUGCAAUCAGCCGCCUCGAGCAAACGUGGCAAAUACUUGCCAAUCACCGCAAAGACAUUGCGGCCUUGAAGCAAGGCCCUUGUUACAUGAAGUCAUUUACAGAUUGGAUUGCAACGGGCGACUCCGGUCCCAUUGCAGGCCACAUGUCUGGGAUAUUCGCCCUGCCUCUCUUGACCAUUGUUCAGACAUGCCAGUACUUGCAAUAUCUAGAAGCGCGUCAAGUUUCUCACGCUGAAUUCCAAGAGUCACUGAACCGAGGAGGUGGCAUCCAAGGAUAUUGCGGUGGUCUUCUGCCAGCGGUUGCCAUUGCAUGUUCCAGCAACGAGGACGAGGUUGUUACAAACGCCAUCACUUCUAUGCGAAUAGCACUAGGCAUCGGUGCGUAUGGGGAGAUUGGCGAUGACGAAAGCAUCCCUGGACCCACUACGAUUGUCCUACGGUUGAAGAGACCAGAACAGGGGGAGGAACUGGUGAAGAAAUUUCCCGGUGCAUAUGUUUCAGCUAUCACCGAUCCGAAAACGAUAAGCAUUGUUGGGAGUGUUCCUGUGCUGGAGGCACUGUCUGCACACGCUCGAGAGCAAGGUCUUCUUGUUCAAGGAAUUCAUUUGCGUGGCAAAGUUCACAAUCCUGAAAAUGCAGAGCUGGCUGAGGAUCUCAACGACUUUGCAUGCUCAGAGCCGUCUCUCACCCUCCCGCACUCACGGCAAUUACGCAUACCAAUUCGUUCCAACACAAACGGAAAGAUCAUCUCAGACGCACCACUUACCUCUGAGUUGAUACACACCAUCCUGGCGCGCAAGUGUGAAUGGUACACGCUUCUGCAAGAGACUGCGACUGAUCUCGUUGCGACAGGCCAUGAAUCUCACUUGUUCGCUGUGUUUGGAAUUGGCGAUUGCAUUCCUCUUACACCAUUCUAUACGAAAAACCUGCACAUCACCAAACUGGAUGUCUUGUCGUACAUCGAGAAAGUAUCGUCCCAGAGAAAAGCAGAACAGUAUAAAUAUUCCGAGGGCGCCAUGGCAAUUGUUGGGGCCGCCUGCCGCAUCCCUGGCGCGGACGACCUGGAAGAACUCUGGCAGUUGAUGGCACGCGGGGAAUCUAGGGCUGUCGAGGUUCCAACCGACCGCUUCGAUCUCCAUGGAAGUUUCAAGGCAAGUCUUGAUCAGAAAUGGGCGUCCAAGAAGAAAUUCUGGGGUAAUUUCAUCGAUGAUCCGGAUCGUUUCGAUCACGGAUUUUUUCGGAUCAGCCCGCGGGAAGCCAUGAAUAUGGACCCGCAACAGCGAGUACUUCUUGAGGUCGCCUACCAAGCCCUCGAUUCUAGUGGGUAUCUACGAAACCACAGCAGGGAGUCCGCCGACGAUGUUGGUUGUUUUAUUGGUGCCAGCUUUGUCGAGUACCUUGAUAACACCGCUGUCCAUGCGCCAACUGCUUUUACGUCUACAGGCACGAUUCGAGCUUUUCUGUCAGGCAAAAUUAGCUACCAGUUUGGUUGGCAUGGCCCUUCUGAGGUUAUUGAUACAGCUUGCUCGUCUUCUCUAGUAGCAAUCAACCGAGCGUGCAAGGCAAUUCAAAGUGGAGAAUGCUCUAUGGCUCUAGCUGGCGGCGUUAAUGUUCUGACUGGUAUCCACAACUUCUUAGACCUUGCCAAAGCUGGCUUCUUGAGCCCUACUGGUCAAUGUAAGCCGUUUGAUGAAACUGCAGAUGGAUAUUGCCGCGGUGAGGGCUGCGGUUUGGUGCUUAUCAGGCCAUUACAAGAUGCUGUUGCCGAGGGACAGCAAAUUCUUGGUGUCAUUCCAGCCAUCGCAACCAACCAAGGCGGCCUUUCACCGAGUAUUACAGUACCAUCCUCGCCAGCUCAAAAGACGCUCUACAAAACUCUUCUCAAACAAUCAGCUCUGCAGCCAGAACACAUUUCAUAUGUUGAAGCCCACGGAACCGGUACACAGGUUGGCGACCCACUCGAGAUGGCCAGUGUGCGUGAGGUUUUUGCGGGCCCUUCUCGCGCAACUGCUCUCUCCAUAGGUUCGCUCAAGGCCAACGUAGGUCACGCAGAGACGGCAGCAGGCGUACAAAGCCUGUGCAAGAUCCUCACCAUGCUCCAGCAUGAAGCUAUACCUCCAAUUGCUAAUUUCAAGUCCAUAAACCCAAAGAUUGGAUCUCUGAAAGCUGAAAACAUGAGGAUUUCAACAGCUACUGAAGCAUGGGAUGUACCUUUUAAGGUAGCUUGUAUCAACAGUUAUGGUGCUGCCGGUAGCAACUCGGCUAUGCUCUGCAGUCAACCGCCUCAGGUCGCUGAAGGGGGGUUAGUGGAAAACACGAACGAGAGAUUUCCGCUCAUCCUCAGCGCACAUUGCGCAGAGAGUCUCCACACAACCGCCGAAAGCUUGAUUCACUACCUCAGGCUGCCAGCUCAAAAGAAUUUCAGACUUGCGGACGUCGCCUUCACCCUAGCCGAGAGGCGGAAACGCCACUCGGUGCGGCUAAUCGCUUCCGUCUCGGCUUCUUUGUCGUCCCCUGACUCAUUGCAACACGCGUUGAAGAACGCAACCGAUAUCUCGAUCCCAGAACAACCAAGGAAAGUAUGUCUCGUGUUUUCAGGCCAGAGCCGCCGGAUUGUUGGACUGCACAAAUCGACCUAUCAGUCUGUCCCGCGUCUACGCAGGUACAUUGACGAGUGCGAUGCAACCCUUACAGACCUAGGCUAUCCAUCAAUGUUUCCUAGCAUCUUCAGUCAAGAACCUAUCAACGAUGUGGUUCUACUCCAGUGCGGAACUUUGGCCUUGCAGUACGCAUGUGCUAUGAGCUGGAUCGAUUCUGGUCUUUCGGUUGCAGCAGUCGUCGGUCACAGCUUUGGUGAGCUGACAGCAAUGGUUGUAUCCGGUAUCCUGUCGUUGCAGGACGGUAUGCGGCUUAUUGCUGCACGAGCGAGCCUGAUACAAUCCAAAUGGGGUCCGGAGCGAGGUAUUAUGCUCGCUGUGCAUACGGAUAAGCAAAGGGUAGCCACCUUGAUCGAGGACAGCGGCUUGUCCCUGGAGAUCGCGUGUUUCAACUCCUCCUCCAGCCAGGUCAUCGUGGGCAAAGACACAGACGUGGAGAACUUCGAGAAAUUCUUGUCGGCCAAGACUACACCACAGAUUCGUUCUCAACGCCUUGACGUUAGCCAUGCUUUCCACUCAAUCUUUACCGAAUCUAUCCUUGACGACAUCGAAGCUGUUGCAAAGACUUUGGUAUUUAGAGAGGCUAUCAUUCCAUUCGAGCCCGCAACAUCACUGCCGAGGACCGUCAUUACAUCUGACAGGAUUCGCGAACACACUCGAGCGCCAGUGUAUUUUGAAGACGCUAUUAAACGCGUUGAAAAUGCUCACGAAAGUCUCUUAUUCCUCGAAGCUGGCAUAGGUUCGCCCAUAACAUCAAUGGUCAAGCGAGCGGUCAAAAAGACAGACGCACACUGUUUCGUUCCUGUCGAUUCAGGCAGCGCAGGGGAAUCGACAGCCGGGUUUCUAGCAGCAACUAUCAAGCUUUGGAGCGAAGGAAUUGACACAACAUACAUUCCAUUUUUUGACAAUGCUAAAAGAGGGAUUCAUCAAGUUUGGCUACCUCCGUACAAGUUCCAAAAGACGAAACAUUGGCUACCAAAUAUUGACCGGGUUGUUGAAGCCUUGCGCUGCGACUCUUCGGCAACAUCAACACAAAAUAGCCAUAAGAGCAUCUUUGCCCCACCCAUGCUUGUCAUUCCAAAAAAUGUUGAAUCCUCUUCGCGUAAAAAAGUGUUCGAGGUCAACAGUACGAGCAAGAGAUUUCAAGCCAUUGUUGGAGGUCAUGCGGUCCGCGGCCGAGCGCUAUGUCCCGCGUCCAUGUAUAUGGAGUUUGCGGUCAUGGCUUUGGGCCUCUUAGGCGUCGAAGUACAACAAAAUGCUUUGAAUUUUUCCGAUAUCGAGUACUCUUCGCCACUUGGACUCGGCACCACCCGUAGCAUCGACGUGGCUCUGAGCAAACUCGAGUCGCAUUCUUCCUGGCACUUUGAGGUAACUAGUAAUAGUAGAGAUAAUCUCUCUGGAAAGCCAGUCAUACAUGCCGCUGGUACUGUAGACAUCGACCACAAGGGUGUGGGUGACCUGUGGGCAUACCAACGUCUAGUCGCAAGUCGAAUUUCUCAAAUUCCAGAAGCUUCUGGAGCGGAGACUUUGCGGUCCUCUCGUGCGUAUGAUCUAUUUUCACGGGUCGUGAUAUAUGGGCCUGUUCUCCGUGGCAUCGAGUCUGUGAUCAUUGCCGGUAACGAAGCUUUGGCUACCGUUAGAGUACCGACUUCUGAUGCCGAUUCCGGAGAGAGCACAGUGUCCACGCAUUUCGAUGCCGUAUCGCUUGACGUUUUCAUCCAAGUCGUUGGAUUGAUGAUCAAUAGCAGCGGGCAGCACAAGCCUGACGAGGUGUUCAUUGCUAGUGCCAUCGAUCAAGCAUUUGUCACCGCAGGUAUCGAUUUUCGUGACUCUCGCAAGUGGACUGUCUACGCCAUUUUCACACCACAAAGCGACCGGAAAGUAUCUGGGGAUGUCUUUGUGCUCAACCAAGAUGGGGUUCUGAUCAUGAAUUACCUCGGCUGUCGAUUCACAAAGAUGCCCGUGGCUACUCUGGAGAAAAUGUUGGACAACGCCAACCGUCCCGCCAAUGCAAAAUUGGCAAUCGACAGUGUUCCAAUUGCCGCCAAGAACAUGCCAAUGUCUAGCUCGGACAAUGCCUCUGAUUCGGAUGAAGAGGCAUCAUCGGAAACCAGCGCUGAUACCGAUAUUACGGUCCCAAACGGGGAUAGGGAGCAUGAAUCCAACAAGAAGCUAGAUGUUUUGAAAAGCACUAUUGCCCAGUUUGUGGGCAUCGAUGUCGGAAAAUUGCCAGAGCAAGCACGAAUAAAUGAUCUCGGUCUCGACUCGCUGGCUGCAGUAGAGCUUGUCGACGAAAUUGAGAAGAUAUUCGAAAUGAGCAUCCCCUCGGAAGAAAUCGGAAAUGAGUCUGUAAACUCAAUUGCAGCCCGGCUUCAAUUAACAACAACCGCACUUUCGCUACCUAAGAAUACAGCGAAACCUGUGCUCACUGCUAGAUCUGCGGCUACACCUACUGCUGAGACGUCCGAAUCUCCUUCACAAUCCUCCUCGACUAGCUUUGAUUACAAUAAGUUGCUGGCUGUUAUCGCAGAUAGCUGUGGUGUACCUAUCAAUGCUAUUCGAUCUAAGGAUGCUCUACAGUCUCUGGGGGUCGAUUCGCUAGCUUUUGUUGAGUUGAAAUCGUCUGUCGAAGACGCAUUCGAUGUGAGCAUUGACAGCGAUCAGUGCAGCUUGGAGUCGACGGUGCAGGACAUGAUUGAUCUUCUGAGUGCUCAAGGUCGUGUACUGAUCAAAGAACAGGCUAAGAAGGAAGAUGUAGUGGCUGAUAUCGGGGUUCCAAAUCAUCCUCGCACAGCUGAGUUGCAGCAGAAGAACAUCGUGGUUUCAUCAAAUGGAGUAAAACAGGCGCAGGGGAAAUGUUUGACCUUCGUCUACAAAGUCGAGGAUGGUGUCGAUAUCGAAGCGGACGUGUACUUGCCCAGUGACGUUCCACGGCGUCCGAUGCCUAUAGCUAUCAUGGUCCACGCAGGUGGUUACAUGACACUCUCUCGCAAGGCCAUUCGCCCACAUCAGACUGCUCAUCUUCUUGCAAACGGGAUUCUACCAGUGAGCAUUGACUAUCUUCUUUGUCCUGAAGUCAACGUCCUCGACGGAGCCAUUGCAGACGUGCGCGAUUCAGUGUCAUGGGUGCAGAACUCCCUACCGAAAUUACUAGAGCGAUCAGGCAUCAAACUGGACGCAAGUCGCGUUGGGAUUAUCGGCUGGUCUACAGGGGGUCAUCUUGCCUUGACUAGUGCUUGGACAACAAGAGCCUCGGGGAUACAGCCACCAAAGAUUAUUCUGUCUUUCUACGCCCCCACAGAUUUCGAAUCCGAAGAUAUCGAUGCUGACAGGAACUUCCCGGAACGAACAAUUCCAAUACACGAUAUCAGGGCGGCGCUCCUGCCAAAACCUUUGACCAAUUACGAGUCAAAGGGAGAUGCAAAAUACCUUGACGGCGUUGGAUAUGUGCGCCCGAGUGAUCCGCGAUCCGCUCUAGUUCUGUCAAUGUUCAAAGAGGGCAUUGGCCUUCCGCUCAUCCUCGACGGAAUCCCUCAACCCAACGGUGAAGGACAAACGAUUUUCAAACGCCCUGACCCGGCGAGAAUCGAAUCCAUCAGUCCACUGGCUCAAGUAAGGAAGGGGACCUUUGGCACGCCAACAUGCGUGGUGCAUAGCAAAGCGGAUAAAGUGGUAGGUAUAGACUCUGCAGACAGGUUUGUUUCUGCGCUCAGCGAAGCCGGUGUCAAACACAAGUUCGUCAAACUAGAGGAUAGUGAGCACCUUCACGAUCUUCUGUUGAAGCCUGGAUCAAGGCAAUGGAACGAGGGAGUAGAACCUGCGUACGACUAUUUUCUGGAAAUGUUGUUGAGGUGA